AUCUCGAGACAGUCCGACCGACACACCGGCGGCCCCGGUGGCGCGUACUCGUCUGCUAAAGGCUGAAAGUUACACUGAAGGUCCCACUUUAAUGGCUGACGCGCUAAAAAAGACUUUUGGAAAAGGGACACUUACCAUCGUCUUUUAUUCCGGACGCUAGCUAUGUUCUUUUUUUUCUCGUUUGAGUAAGAGACAGAUUCCCUAACUUAGCGCGCAACUGUUCCUUAAAGUAUCGAAGGAAUUAAUCGGCUGCUGUCUGCGUCGUUAUCGCUGUUCUGUGCGCUAAUGCAAUUUUGAGAAAUUAAACAAGUGAAGUUAUAUCAGAAUAGACAUGCAGCAGCGAUGCAACCCGGUCGUUUGAGGACAGUCUGACUCUUGGAUCAGGCAUCAUGGUCCGAUAAUUGGAAGACAGAGAGAGACAGAAAGUAAGAAAUAAAGAGGUAAAAAGACAUUUGGGACACUUUGUUUGUGGGAACAUCUGCCUCUCACGUCCAGGUGUCCCGCCGAGCGGUGCGGAGUCUCCAGCUCAGGCCGGCAGCGCUGACAUGCUGCCCAAAGUCGAGACUGAAUCCCUGGGACUCUCUCGAUCGUAUGGAGAACAUCGGCGCAUGCCAAGGAAUAUGCAAGCACCCCAGUUAAAAAUGAUGGACUACUCCUAUGACGAAGACUUGGACGAGAUGUGUCCCGUGUGCGGAGACAAGGUUUCAGGGUAUCACUACGGACUACUGACCUGCGAGAGCUGCAAGGGCUUCUUCAAGCGCACCGUCCAGAACAACAAGCGCUACACAUGUAUAGAGAACCAGAGCUGCCAGAUUGACAAGACCCAGAGGAAGCGCUGCCCGUACUGCCGCUUCCAAAAGUGCCUCACCGUCGGCAUGAAGCUAGAAGCUGUGCGGGCGGACCGCAUGCGUGGUGGUCGCAACAAGUUUGGCCCGAUGUACAAACGUGACCGGGCCCUCAAGCAGCAAAAGAAGGCGCUGAUCCGAGCCAACGGCCUAAAGAUUGAGGCCAUGACUCAGGUCAUGCAAGCCGUGCCCACCGACCUCACCAUCUCCUCAGCCAUCCAGAACAUCCACUCAGCCGCAUCCAAGGGCCUUCCACUGAGCCACCACCCUGGCCACCACACCGGUCACCACCACCACCACCACCAUCAUCAUGCCACCGCCCUGCCCCCCACAGACUACGACCGCAGCCCAUUUGUCACUUCGCCAGUCAGCAUGGCAAUGCCACCACACGCCGGAAGCCUGCAGGGCUACCAGGCGGCCUACGGACACUUCCAGGGCACGCGCACUAUCAAGUCAGAGUACCCAGACCCGUACACCAGCUCGCCGGAGUCCAUCAUGGGCUACGCCUACGUCGAUGCCUACCAAACAGGCUCGCCGCCUAGCUUCCCUCACUUGAUCGUAGAGCUGCUCAAGUGUGAGCCAGAUGAGCCACAGGUCCAGGCCAAGAUCAUGGCCUACCUGCAGCAGGAGCAGGCCAGCAGAGGCAAACACGAGAAGCUCAACACCUUCGGCCUCAUGUGCAAGAUGGCCGACCAGACACUCUUCUCCAUCGUGGAGUGGGCACGCAGCAGCAUCUUCUUCCGUGAACUCAAGGUGGAUGACCAGAUGAAGCUGCUGCAGAACUGCUGGAGCGAACUCCUCAUCCUCGACCACGUCUUCCGGCAGGUGAUGCAUGCCAAGGAGGGCUCCAUCCUAUUGGUCACUGGCCAGCAUGUGGACUAUGCAGUGAUUGCUUCACAGGCGGGAUCCACCCUCAACAACCUGUUGAGCCACGCCCAGGAGCUGGUGGCCAAGCUACGCUCCCUGCAGCUGGACCAACGGGAGUUCGUCUGCCUCAAGUUCCUGGUCCUAUUCAGCCUUGAUGUAAAGAACCUGGAGAACUUCCACCUGGUAGAAAGCGUCCAGGAGCAGGUCAACGCAGCGCUGCUGGACUACGUCAUGUGUAACUACCCGCAGCAAACAGACAAGUUUGGCCAGUUGCUCCUCCGGCUGCCAGAGAUCCGAGCCAUCAGCCUGCAGGCCGAAGAAUACCUUUACUACAAACACCUGAACGGCGACGUGCCGUGCAACAACCUGCUCAUUGAAAUGCUUCACGCCAAGAGAGCUUAGGAGGGGACUGCGCUACCCAUAAUGCAGCUGUACAGACAUCCUGAGAGUUUUGCUGCAGCCCAAAAACUCUAAAUCUUGACUGAGCGGUGACCUGGAAGAUGGAGAGCAGAGAGUUAGCAACUCUUGUUUAUAUUUAGCUCAUUUUGAUCUUCAAGUUUCUUGGAUUUGGACAAACACACAUGCACAGAGACAAAAACAGCAUAUGGAUCCCUUUAUUCUGAAAAAAAUGUCUGAAAGAAGAACCCCUUCUCCUCAACCACACAGACAAAGAUAAUAUUGAAAGGAGAAAUAAACUAACACUUGAAACAAACACUGCAUUUGGCACGAGAUGGGGUUUAAUGGUCUGCACGAGCACAGCCUAUCACGACUGGCAGGCUGCAACUUACAGAACUAAACCCUCAAGUGUUUUAGCGCUAGUGACAUUGUGAGAGGCUUUUAAUGCUGAGAAAGGAAGCUGAGUAACACCGGCCAUCUUUCAGACAGCUUUGUGACAGAGCGGUGGCUUAUUUGGGUGGACGAUCCUCCGGUGUGCUCUCACUGAAACCGGCUUUUAGCUGUCGUUGGUACUGUAAAGACAAACGGGCAAGCAGUCGACCAGCCCAGACACUCUUACCGUCACGUUUUGUGAACUGACAUAAGACGCCUGCCACGGCAACUUGAUCUAACUGAGAAGGGAAAACUGACAGUUAAAAAAGAAACGUCUAAAAAAAGGAAAAUUCUUUAAUGAACAAAAUGAUAAAUAGGCCAAUAUGAAGAAAAAUAAGAUGUUUUUUUCUCUUGUAAUGAAAGUCAUUUGCUCCUCGUGGUCACCUUGUGGUUCCCCUUUCUUAUUCCACCUCCCCAAAUCAUCCUAAACUAUGUACCUCAGAAAGACCAGUGUUAAAUAAAUUCUAUUAAUAAUGUCAGCUGAAACAAUUGUAUUUAUAGCCCCUUUUUCCUGCAAAACAAACACCCUCUCUUUUUAUUAUUUCAUUACAACUGGAACAAAACAAAGUGUGAUUCUGGAGACAGAGAAGGCUCGACCCUGCCUUUUUCCGGAAAGACCAAAGCCUGCUGCAGAACAGAAGAAGGGAAUUACACAAACCUUAAUAAUCAGUAUUAUAAGAGGAAAAAAAAAAAGAUUUGUGAUGUCACAGUUAUGUGAGUCUUGCCUUAUUUCAUUACCAUGCUAGCUAACCGUGCAGAUGUGAAUGAAAAUAUGUACAAAUAUAUAUAUAAAGUAUUAAUGUUGUAAAAAUUAAAAAAAAAAGAAUAAUUCAACAGGUGUUUACAUUCAUGUG